ACGUGAAACACUGUAAAAAAAGAAAAGAAGCAAAAUCAAAGAAAAACCUAAGAUAUGUUAUAGGGUAGUAGGUCUAAUUCCUUCAAAUAUAUUUUAUUUAAUUUUAAGAUACAACAGUGUUGUAAAAAGGUGCAACAAGCGGUAAUCAAUAGUUUCCGAACACACGCACAGUACAGCCAGUGCGCAUGUCAAGUUUGUGGAGGUCAAAAGCGGUGUGUUGUUGUGACUGUGAUCGUUCUCCGACGUGACACUCGUCAACAAGCUGUGGAGCUGAAGGAAUGAUGUUUAGUAUGUUCUAAGCAUCUUUUAUUUCACCGGUGUUUUUAUUAUUAUCAUUGCAUAAAAGGAAGAUAAACAUGCACGGGGAAGGACAGGAUACUCUUCGCAAGGGCACUGACCCUACAUUAAUGUCAGUUCGAGGUCGCAUGCAAAACAGACGUCAAAAACUCAACCAGAAAAUUAACAAAGAAAUGCGCAUGAGAGCUGGUGCUGAAAAUCUCUACAGAGCUGCAUCAAAUAAAAAGUUAAAAGAACAAGUAGCACUUGAAUUGAGCUUUGUCAACUCAAAUCUACAAUUGCUAAAAGAAGAACUCGCAGAAAUCAAUAGCGAUGUGAUUCCAUACCAAACGGACAGCAUCAUGGAAAGUGUUCCCAUGAUUCCAUUAGGUUUCAAGGAGACGAACGAUGUCGAUGUUAAGCAGGCUUUUAAGGAUUAUAUUCUAGAACAUUAUAGUGAGGAGGAUGACAAAUUUAUGAAAGAAAUUAAUGAUUUUUUACAAUUACGUCAGGCCAUCAAAACACCAUCUCGUAAUGAUGCUGGCAUUGAACUUUUAUUUGAAUAUUACAAUCAACUAUACUUUAUUGAACAUCGAUUCUUCCCACCAAGUAGGCAUUUAGGAAUCUACUUCCAUUGGUAUGAUGCUUUGACUGGAGUGCCUUCUGUACAACGAUCGGUAGCCUUUGAAAAGGGCAGUAUUCUCUUCAAUAUUAGUGCUUUAUAUACACAACUAGGCUCGAAACAGGAUCGUAGUAAAGUGGAAGGCAUCAAUAAGGUGAUAGAUUAUUUUGAAAGAGCUGCGGGAGGAUUCCGGUAUCUUGCCGAGAACUUCAGCCAUGCACCGAGUAUGGAUAUGAGUAGCCCAGUCCUUGGAAUGUUUGUUAGUCUUAUGUUGGGUCAAGUUCAAGAAGCAGUUUUUGAAAGGAGAGUUCUUGGAGGCGUAGAGGAGAAUAUACAGUCAUAUAUAGAAGUCGCACGAGAGGCUGCUAAGGUUUCAACAUCCUAUAGUAAUGUGCACAAGUCCAUGAUGCACCAGCAAGUUAAGGACUACAUCCCGUACGCCUGGAUCUCCAUGGUUUUAGUUAAAUCACAACACUUCAAAGCAUUAUCGCACUAUUACGUUGCUAUGGCUCUCAUUGGUAAAAAAUCUGGUUCUGAGUAUGAUGUGGCAAAGUUAAAAGAGCUUUUUCCAGAAAUUCAUGUAGAUGCUGAUAUACCAAAUUUGAAAGUACCAACAGAUUAUGAAUCAAGGAAAAGGCUAGUUUUAAUUAUUUACAUAGUUAAUCUUCUCAUGUUUAUAGGCAAGUCAAGUUACCAGCCUGAAUUUAUAACUCCUGAUUUUGCUAAUGUCAAAGUGAAAGACAUAUUCCAUGGCUUGGGACCAUUAGCAAUUUUCAAUGCUAGGAAUCAAUGGACAGCACCCAGAGAAGUAUCCAUUACAAGAGGAUCGGAAGGGUUUGGGUUCACCGUUAGAGGUGACUCACCAGUCAUCAUCGCCAGUGUGGACAAAGAUGGACCAGCAUUGAAAGCCGGAGUAAAGGAAGGGGAUUUCAUUGUUACUGUAGGAGAUAAUGAUGUCAAGUGGGCCAAACAUGACCAGGUUGUCAGGUACAUUGUAAGUUGUCCAGGCCAACUAUUCAUGAACAUAGUGACUCCUCUAGGCGAGGCCUUGAUUCACCCGCAAGAUCAACGACGGCUCAAUGGACAAUCAAACGGUAACGGAGAUACGAUGAGCGAAGCUACAACAAUUGAGAGGAAGAAUAAAAAAGGAUUUCUGUCCUCAAAAAAUGGAGGAGUAACAACAGAACAAUCGAUUUUGGACAAAAAAAAUAAGAAAGCACCAAAGGUGCCACCAAAAAGUGUGGAAAUCACAAACAAAACGGGCACAGGGAAGAAGAAAGAAAAGGAAAAGAAAUCGGGCAAAAAGGACAUUAAAGGAAAAUCAGUAGAUGCAACCGUUCUUGGAGAUAAACCACAGGCAUUAUGGUAGCAAUGUAGAAAGUUGUAAAAUACAUAGUCGAGACAGUUUGCUGAAGGCUAUGGACAAGAGUUGGAUUGAAUUGCAUUAAAGGCAUUUAAUCGUAACAGUCAAGAUUGAGGACCUUCAUAAACGUCAGCUUUCAAUGCAUAACAUAAACUGCAUUUACUGUAUUUAAAUUAUAUCUUGCCAAUUGAGACGUUAACUAAUGAUGGAGUUUCCAAAAUUAUGGUGUCUAUCACGGAGUGAGGAAAGCUAUUUGAUAAGAUGCAGUGCCUCCUAGAUAAUGAACUACUAUUGCAGCGAGAGUUAAUGGCCAAUUAUUUUUAUCUCGGCAGCCGGCGAAUUUCUCCUGUUAUAAUGUUUUCCAAAUAGCAGGCUUCCAACUUUAUUGCGAUUCUUUCCUUGGAAAUUUCAAACAAACUAUAAUCAGGUAGAAGCCAGAUAAUCUAGCGUUGAUAUAUAUAUAUAUAUAAUUUGGUUGUAUUGAUUUUGGGCAUUCAAGACAAAUAAAUAUUUAUUUAACUGUGCAUAAUAUAAUUAGUAUACUGGCAAAAGCUGCUAUUAUUAAUUAUAACAAUUCAACAAUGAUCUACGUUAUUGGUUGUGAAACUAUGACCUAAUUUUCCACUGUGCACGCUUCAUUCUAGAAGUAGCGACCAUAUAUUUUGCGUUAUACACGUGCCAACAAUUACACUUAGAUCACUACCGCAGACUUGUCUUAUGACGGUUCAUUCUUCCAACCAAUCAGGUUAGGUGUACAGAAGCAUUUGAAAAAUUUGCCUACCUAUUUCCCCUUCCAGGGGCAUGCAAAGCCCCUGAAAUAUAUUUAGAAUAUGGGAGUGGAAGGUAUUUUAGACAGUGCUAACACCUUGACACCUUUAGCUUGAAUUACCAUCAACUUUACUCUUUUCUAUAGCCAGUCUCGCACGUUGUGAUUUUUGCUUACAACAAGCUGCGCUACAACACGAUCAGUCUACAAUCAUAUAGUGCGUGGGAGUUGGCAGUGCAUGAGAGUUAUUAUGAAUAGUGUCCAAUAUCAUUCAGUUUGAAGAUAUUCAAAAAAUUGUAGUUGUAAGUGUCGUAGCGCAGCUUAUCGUAAGGAAAAUCGCAACAUGUGCAACCAGCUUAAGAUGUAUCAAAGUGAAGUGGUCUUCAUAGUAGAGUAUAGUUUUACAUAAUAUAAGUACGGUAAUAAUUUAGAUGAUAAUGAUAGAUGAUUGUAUGGGGUUUUAAACCAUACAAUUUAUUUGUCCAUCCUAGUUCAUUAUUAUAUAUGCAACAAAUAAGUUCUGUGGAUUAUUAAAAAUGUUAAUGAUGUUAUGCCCACCUAUAGAAUGAAAUUGUGAGUAUGCAAAACAGACCUAAUUUAGUAAAGUGUAGUAUAAAUUUAUGUCAAUGUUUUUUAUCCCAAUAUUCAAUAAUUUAUGUUUUUUUUUUAUUGUUCUGAAUUUUUUGUAUUUGUAACAAGCAAGCUUUUAUCCAUAUUUAUGUGCAAUUUGAAAAUCAAUAUAAGAUUUAUUUAAACACCUUAUUUAUACCCAUUUUACUCAGUAAUAAUGUAUUCAAAAACUGAAUUAAUAUCCCUAUUACUGUACUGGUCUAUAAAAUAUGUAUUGUGUAUAAACAAUAGUUAUUUGACUAAAUGUCAUAUUAUAUGCAUCCACUGUAAACUGUUAAUGUCAUAGGUCAUUCAAAUUUGCAUGCUAAUUAACAUAAUAUUUAAUAUUAUGUGUAUGUAUUAAUGUACCAAAAUGAUAUGAAUUAGUGUUUACUAUGUGAUGAAGAAUUAUUAUUAAUUUAAUUAAAUUUGUCAUUAAUAAUUAAAUUUCUUAAUAAUAUAUCUUGAUUGAAUAUCUCAUUACAUAUUCCAAUUACAUUGCUCAAAACAAUUCAGUUUAUAAUUUCAGUUCACUCCUUAUAUAUUACACACCAAUGUGUAUAUUUUUCAUUAAUAAACAAAUUUGUAAUGUUUUUAUCCUUAUUUGUAUAUAGUGUUCUUUACAUACUUGUAAAUGAAUUGCUGUCUUUCAUGUUUUUUUCAAUUGUACAGAAACAAUUUUCAGUGUGAAUCUUACUUUUGAGUUCUUCUUUCAAAGUGUACCUGUUUUUCAUGUUGGCAUUCAGUGAGAAAGAAAUUGCAUUAAAUGCAAGAUGUGUACAUAUUGUCUAGCUAACUACAGUACCUUAGAAGUUAUUAUAACGAUAUUAUUAUUUUAUCUUAGUUCGUUUGUCAUGUAGAGGGUGAUAUAUUUAUUGGGAAAUUUAACUGUAUUGGUUUUCGAUUUAACAUCAAAAAUUUAUAAUGAUAAAUCACUUGCAGAUACAAGUUUUAUCACAUUUUUGUCAACCUAAUCUGGACUGUAACUUGUAGGUUGUUGUUGAUGCAUGGAGAAAAUAACUAUGGUUAAUGUAAAUAAUGGCCUCAAGAAAGUACAAAAGUGUGUUUGCAAAACUGUGGACGUAAGAAUUUUUUUUUACGUUACAAAUUUUUGAUGUAUAUAUAUUUAGAACAUAUUAUUUUCUGUUUUAGAAUCAAGGUAUUUAUUGUCUGGUUUAUUUAUGAAUGUUCCCUUCAUUUUGAUCACUAUUUUAUUUAUUAAAUUGUUAUGCUAAUCUUGGAAGCUUCUUUUUAAGCCUAAAAUUCCAAAGCACUAUAUUUGACUUGAAAUUUGAAAUCUGCUACUUGGCAGUUUUUCAUGAUGAAUAUAUUGGGCAGUGGCGUAGAAAAGUAUUUUUCAUUGGGAGUGGGGAUGAUUGAAAAUUCUUGGAAUUGACAUAAAAUUACUGAUGUCGUACACACCCUUCAGUGUGAAAAUGUGGCUUGCUUUGCAAGCA